UCUGUUAAGUGCACUUUCUGCAGCAAUGUACAAAGUCAUUUACAUCCUUAUCCUUUUGAAACAAAUGGCAAUAGUGGAGCAGAGGUGCUACAUAGUCGAAAUAGGCAGCAUUUCCUAUUGGUUUGAUCCACAACACUCAUUUAUCGAAAAUGUAUUUUACAAUGCGACAAUGAUGCAUUCCAAUGUUCACGUUCACACCCCUGUUGAAAACCCUGCUUUCAGCCUUGAAGCCUUCACAUGGAAUCCAGCAAAAGGUAUCCAGGUACUUUUCAAUGGAAGCUUCCGGGUUUGUGAUUUCAUCAGCCUUGCCAGAAGGGAUCCUUUCACCGUCACUGCACUCGAGUUGUUGAAAGGAUCUUCAAACAUUACUUUAAAUUGUCCCAUCCAACCAAAUACUUUUUAUGCAAAAUUUAAUAUGAACGAUGUCAUUCGAUCAAGUCCCCUCCGACUUUUCUAUGCACCUAAUGCAGUUGCAACCAUACAAGUCCAUGCUGGUGAGGCAGGACGUACUCGGAAAAACAGGCAGAAACCACUUAAAAAUUUUACCUGGUGGGGAUCUUAUGGGGUGAGCCUUGCUUUUAAGAAGGUUUGUUGAAUUUGCUGGACGAUCUGGAUGAUGACUACCGGCAUUAAGUGUUAUCUGCAGGGCCUAUUAGACGAAUUAUAUUGAAUUCCAUUUUAAGAGGAAAAGUUGUAUCGCAUAGGACAAUAAAAUUUUUCUUCUA